AUGAAGAGUUCCGAGUCAAAAUCACCAUCGGAGAAUACGCCAACAACGAUCGAUGACAAUCCUCGACCAUCAUCAAGCGAAGGAACUUUGAAAGAUUUCAUAUUCGAACUGGAGGAUGAAGAAGAUAUUAACAUGCCUGUGCUGAGAAAAGAUCGAGCCAUUCCGAAACAAAAUAAGUUUUUCAAAAAGGACAAAAGUGAUGAUGUAAGUGCAGGAUUUUAAUUUAAAAAGUGAAAAAAUGGAAGAUUUGUUAAAAUUUUUGGGUAAUAAGUAGAUGUCAAAACGUGUUGUUUACUAAGAGUGGAUGUUCUUUGGUCUACUUGAAGGUUUUUUACACUAAAAGCAAAGUUAUCUGGGGAAUAGCAUAAAGGCAUUUAUAAGCUGAAUCAAUUUUAUUGGUAAUGAUAAUUUUUAAGCCUAAUUCAUAUGACCUACAAAUUGUUUAUGUAAUUUCAGUGGAAUCUUAAAUUUUUAUCACCAACGGCGGAAUCCGGUGAGAAGCGCACGAAUCGUCGAAAUCGAAACAAAUGUGAGACUUGUGGUCAAGGCGGUCUAAUAUACUGUUGUGAUGGUUGUCCAUCAGUAUUUCAUGCUACAUGCCAUUGGCCAAGGAUCCAGGGUAACAAAAAAGAAGCGUUUUUUUGUCGAAAAUGCAAAAUUUUACAAAAUUUGGCCAAUGAUUCGGAAGGAUUCAAGUAUAAACAGGUAUGCUUUUAAAGGUUUUAAAGCAAUAACGUAUUUUUGUUUGAAUUCAAAUUUGAAGUCUUGUCGUUUUUGAUUAAACAUAAGUUUUUUAGAGGAGCGAAGAAAAUGACGAAUCAAUACCUAAGUUCUUCCACGAAAUGUGUGUAAAAAUGUUGACGGUAAAAGAACAACCAUUUACGUUACCGAAAAGUGUCACAGACCAAGUUAUCAAGAUACCAAAGAUUUGGCCAGGUGAUCAGCUGGUGAAUACCCGCAAAAAACGACCGGACCAAGAAAACGAUUGUUAUGUUUGUAGAAGGUAAACAUUAGGGUAAUUUAAAUUUUAAAACCAUUGCGCUUCGGCUAACUUGUUUUUUGGCUGUGAAGUCAAGGAUAUGGGCCUAAUAAUGUGCUAAUUUUAAUUAUUUUCAGACCAGUGAUAUUUCCAUACUACAAUAAGUGCUAUUUCUGUCCAUUGGUUGUCCAUCUGGAUUGUCAGUUGGAGCCAGAAGCGGCUAGGAGGAUAUAUGCAUGGCGAUGUCCCUGCCAUGUUGAAAAUUUUAUUGUAAGUUUUGAAAAUGUGAAGUUUUAAACAUAAAAGGCUUACAUUGAGUAAAAGUUUGACUUAAGCUUAGGCUUAGAUGUAAUAGCUUCUCAGUAUUUAUAGUAGAAUUAGUAACAUUAGCAAAUUCAAACAGUUUAAACUUAAUUAAAUUUAAAAUUUUCAGGACCGAAAGUUUGUAAAAACGCAAUCCUUAGUAGAACGAACCAAAAUGUACCAAAAGUACGGCUCUAUCGACCACAACGUGGACCAAUAUGAGGUUUUACGCAGAUGUGCACUGAAAUUGGCAUUGGAGUCGGAAGGACCGUUGGAAAGUUCAUUCGACACGAUGGAUGAGGAUUCUGAAACCAUUGAUACAAACGACAUGGUCUAUGAUGCUGAUUAUGAAACUGAAACUGAUCUAGCCUCAAAGAGUACGGCUGUAGGUGAGAAAACUGUGUCACAAAUGGAUGUGGAUGAAAAAACAUUGUCAAAUAGUGAAGGCGGUGACAAAACAAUAUCGAUUGAUGAAGUAGAUGAAAGGACGAUAUCAAAUGUUGAAGUAGAUGAGAAAAAUAUUUCUACUGGUCGGGGUGAAAGAUCAAAAAGCAAAGACAGUCAGUGUACGACAAUAGAAGCUGCUGAGAUAUUAGUUACACUUAAAUCUUCAUGA